ACUGAAAUGAAGGUUAAAAAAAAUGUUAAUAAUAAAUUGAUGAAGUUGUUUCUUCUUUUUUUCAAUAACUUUUUUUAAAGAUAGUUUUUUUGUUCUUAUGCUAUCAUUUUAAAUGAAUUUUAAUAUUAGAUCUAAUAGCUGCUAGAAAGAAAGACAAAACAGCAACAGAAAAAAAAGUUGGCAAGUAAUUCAAGGGAGAUAGUCUAGUAUUAAGCCUUAAAACCAAAAUGGCGUAUUUCCAAUGACAAUAUAUAUGGUUCAAAGAACACCUCUCACAAUAUCAGUGAAGAAAACUAUCUCCAGAACCUGCAAAGCCAGACGACAAAAGAUCUUAUCCCUGCCAUGGUCUUUUUGGGAUCUGUUGCUGUUAUCGGGAUCAUCGGGAAUUCCCUUGUUCUAUUUGUGUAUACGCGGAGAUUUCCGGAAACUCCAGUUCGUGUUUUUCUUGUGGCAGUGGCAGCCCUUGACCUAAUUACUAACGUCAUUGUUAUACCUGGUGAAAUCUACGAUCUGCUUCACUCCUGGAUGUUUGACAAGCCAAAUGUCUGCAAGGUCAGGCUGUACUUUACAGUGUCCACCACCAUGGCCUCGGCUUUUCUGCUUCUGGCCCUCGCCAUCACAAGGUAUAGAAAAAUAUGUCGACCAUUCAAAAAACAGGUGAGCAUUACCCAGGCGAAAGUCAUUUGCCUCAUCGUGGUCAUCCUUGCCCAUCUCUUGCCCAUUCCUUAUGCAAUGAUCCAUGGGCGUCAGAAGAAAGACACAGAGCGUCCAGAAAUCAAGGGAUACUUCUGCGCCGUAGAUGACCAGUACGUCGGCACCUUCUGGCCCAAGUUCAGCUCCGCGCUCUUCGGCUUCCUCUUCGUCUCUUGCUGCUCGCCUCUGAUUGUCUUGUACGUCUUGAUCUGGCUGAAGGCGAGGAAGCACCGAGUCAACAGAAUCACUCAGCCUGUUUCAACGAAGUCUCCUCACUGCGAGCUUUCCAAUCGUGCUGUCAGCUCAUCCACCACAGACGAGGCUUGCUCCGGUUCAGACGCCGGCCCUAAAAGGGCGCUAAUCGGAGAUUCCCGAAUAGAAUCGAAUCGCGUUAUCAUGUCGUCAUCUAAACCUCAGAGCAGCCAAAUUGUUAUUUCUCAAGAUAUAAAAAGGGAUUGCACGUCCGAUGAACUUGGCACUUCUUCUCCGCUUCCACGGCCUCAUGUGCAUGCUAGCGCUUUGAAAGAAAAAUCAGAAUUAUCUAAAGAGAGUGAAUCUUUUGCUUCCAAUAAGGAAGACACUGGCUCAUUAACCACCGACAGAACAGGCUUAGACUUUCAAUACUUAAACGCUAAAGAUACUUCUAAAAACCGAGAAGAGAGCGCAGAGGAGGGUAAUGAUCCCCCUGGUAGGACACGCCAAGGAGGAAUGGGGCGUACCUCGUAUAUGCUACUGAUAAUCAGUGUUUCUUUCAUUGUUGGGUUCUUGCCUUUCCUAGCUCUCGACUCCUACAAGUCAGCCCGUCCCGAAGUGUUCGCCUCUGUAAAAGGAUACGCCUCUUCGUUUUACCACCUCUUCUUAAGGUUUUGUCUCAUGAACAGCUGCAUCAAUCCUAUAGUAUACAACGUAUUUGACUUGAAGUUUAGGUCAGAGGUCAAGAAAAUCAUAGGAUGCUGUUAAUGUUGCACUAGUGUCUAUCAGUGUAAUAUUUCUCAUCUACAAGUAAAUGAUGAUGGAAUAGUGGCAAAGUUGAUUUUUUUAAAAUGAAUAUUGUUUUCUCCUUGACAUGACUUCGCCUUGCUGUCAUUCAUCCACACAUCUCAUUUUAAGAUUCUUACCAAUGUUAUUGUUUUAUUUCAAAGGAAAAAACUGUAUUGCUAUGAUCUCUUUAUAGCUGAUUAUUUUUUUUUUAAUGUAAUUCAUGCAAUGCCGAAAAAUGUCUUCUAAAUAUUUUAAACUUAUUGAUAAAACAACUAAAACAUUGAAAAAAAAAAUUCUUAAAAAUAAAAGCCUAUAUUAAAUGUAAUUGUAUGGGUGGCUGGGCGGUAAAGCGCUUGGCUGCCGAACCGGGGUUCGAAUUCUGGUGAAGACUGGGAUUUUUAAUUUCGGGAUAUCCAGGCGCCUCUAAGUCCACCCAGUUCUAAUGGGUACCUGACAUUAGUUAAGGAAAAGUAAAGGUCGUUGUGCUGGCCAAAUUACACCCUUGUUAACCGUAGGCCACAGAAACAGAUGACCUUUACAUCAUCUGCCAUUUAGACCACAAGGUCUGAAAGGGGAACUUUUUUUUUCUUUCAUUAAUUAGUUUGGAUCAUUUAUGUAAUUAUAUGUACGACAUGACUAGACAUAAUAAAUCUGUGAGAUUAGAAAUAUUUUU